GGAGUUAGCACGGGAGAGGGCAGAUUCAAAGCGGAGGGGGCGUUCCGAGCGGACCAAGUGCAGCACCAGAGAGGGUUCUUUCUGCAACGUGGGACGAGCAGUAAGUCGAAAACCUUUCUGGGCUGCAGCCGCACUCCCUCCGGUAGCAACGAGGAGGCGAGUGGACGGGUCUAGUGUAUCAAACCAGGUGGCGUUGGAUACAAUGUGAGCCGCGAGUGAGUUGUGAUUUCCUCGCUUACAUCUGGAUUCGGGAUUGUGCAGAAAAAUUAAUAAACCUUCGUUAAACAAGGGAGCCGGCGCCUUCUACACAGGGGGACGUGACAGAGGCAUCUCGAUGAUGCGGAAGCGACAGCAGCAACCUCUACAAACUCCCUUCUUCCUGCCCAGGAAUGCAGGAAAUGAGCCAGAGAACCUGGAUAAAAAGCCGCAGUUUCACUUGGAUCUUUGGUUUUACUUCAUGGUGCAAAACUGGAUCCUGGAUUUUGGUCGUCCAAUUGCAAUGAUUAUCCUUCCGUUGGAGUGGUUUCCACUAAAUAAGCCGAGUGUUGGUGAUUAUUUCCACAUGGCCUAUAACAUCAUCACACCAUUCCUCCUGCUGAAGCUUAUCGAACGCUCCCCCAAAACUCUUCCCCUCUCAGCGGUGUACAUCUGCAUCAUAACGUUUGUGAUGGGAGCCAGCAUUCAUCUUGUAGGUGAUUCUGUGAACCACCGGCUCAUUUUAAGUGGAUACCAGCUGCACUUGUCCGUUCGAGAAAACCCAAUGAUGAAGGACCUGAAGCCAGAAACACUGAUUGACUCCUUUGAGCUGCUUUAUUACUAUGAUGAAUCUUUGGGUCACUUGAUGUGGUAUGUUCCCCUCUUCGUCAUUUUCUGCCUGUAUUUUACGGGUUGUUUCACUCGGUGUGGCAAAGACAGCAGAAUGCCUCUGUCUGCAUGGUUGCUCCUUGGUCCUAGUAGCCUCUACUACUGGUACCUGGUGACAGAGGGUCAGAUCUUUGUCCUGUACAUCUUCACCACCUUUGCCAUGAUGGCAACAGUGAUGCACAAGAAACGCAAAGGGCUGGUUAUGGACAGCAAUGGCCUGUUCCUGUUUUACUCCUUCUGUAUCGCACUGGUCCUGAUCUCUGCUUGGGUCGCCUUCCUUUGGAAUGACAAAAUUCUCCGGAAGAAGUACCCCGGGGUUAUGUAUGUCCCAGAACCCUGGGCAUAUUACACCCUCCACAUUAAGAAAACACCAUAGGUGUUUGCCAGGUGAUGUUUUACAGGUGGGUUUCACUGAGGCUUGAGCUGCUGCUCUCUCACACAGUCAAAGCUUCUACCAGAGCUUGUGGGCUCUCACUUCAAUACAUGAUGGUUUCAGGUAAACAUUGGUGCAGGGUGUGGCAUUGUCAUUUGUGCCAACUCCCACCUCACAACACACCCAACAGGAGACAUCAGGGAAAGCAAUACAACUCCAGUUGGUGCAUAAAGUGAUGCAAGCUGUCUACUCAGUCUCGUCCUCCAACUCGUCUCCUCUCAAGCAAACUAUUUCAGUUCCUUCCAGGGCAGAGCAAGUCUGGACGUGAAGAGGAAUCGCAUUGCCAUAUGCAUUUGGUCAGCCAGACUCUUGAGCCAUUGAGACUCUGAUUGUGAUUUAGAUUCUUCUGCUUUAAGAUAGAGUUACUCCAAAUGCAUAUUAUAAUUGGUGAUACUGCUGUCAGCUGCAGUAUAACUGCAGUCCUCAAUGGAAUAUUAAAAGAUGAAUCCCACCUUUUUGGAUUUUUGUGUUUGGUUCAGAUAGUUGCAAUGAAAAUAUAUUUCUGUUAUCUAUUGGUGUUGGGGGUGGGGGGACCUUUAUUCAGUGCCCACCAGACAUAGACAAGUAUUAAGUUGGACUCCAAAGGUCACAAACUAGUUGGCGGGGGAUUUUGAUAAAAGGUCACCCAAGUGUGUCAGGAGGAGCUGUUGUGAGAUGAGGUAGACUCCAGCUAUUGAGAUUGGUGGGGUUUGUAGGGAAUGGGGAGGGGGAAGGGAGGAUUUCAGCUGGGAUUCCAGCAGCUGACCCUUAUCCAACGAUAAUGUCUGCAGCAGUCUGUGUGAGAAAGUUGAGGGAGGAUUGUGGUUGCCCCUGCUGACUGGCUCUCUACCACCCACUCACUCAGCUUGCACCUGAAGAAAGGAUGAGGUGUUGACAGCACUGUGGUUCUAGUAACAUAGGUGUUACUAUCACAGAGCUCCCCCAUCAUCAACAUUGGUCCACUACUGAUCGAAAGCUCAACUGAACCUGUGACACAUACUGUGGUCACAAGAGCAGGCUAGAAGCUGGGUAUCCUGUCCCCAGUGACUCCACCCUAAGGCCUGCCUUUAUCUAUAUAAAAUUAAUCCAGAGCAACAUGGAACACUCUCCACUUACCUGGAUGAGUGCAACUUCAAGUCUCAAGAAGCUGAACAACACCCAGGACAAAGCAGCCCAUUUGAUUUGGAAUCCCAUCCACUGCCCUAAAUAUUCAGUCUCUUCACUACCAGUACACAUGGCUACAGUUUAUCUGAACUGCAGUUACUCACCCAGGCUACUCCAAGGGCAUCUCCCAAACCCACAACCUCUACCACAAAGGAGGACAAGGUUAACAGGAAUACCACCCGCAGGUCCUCCUCCUAAGAUGCACGCCAGCCUGACUUGAAAGUCAUCAAUGGGUCUAAAUCCAGGAACUCCCUCCCCACCGGCACUGUGGGAGCACCUUCACCAGUUGUUCAAGAAGGUAGUUCACCUCCUUCUCAUUGAUGGGCAAUAAGUGCUGCCCUUGACGGUGAUCCACAGAUACCAUAACUGAAUAAAUUAAAAUAUAUUAACAGUCAGAAGAGAUACCAUUAGAAAAGACAAUAAGCCAGCUGAACACUCAAAUGGUGAUGGGUAUUGUCAGGGAGCUAGAAUAACUUGGUUAAGUUGUUUCAGAAUGCCCAUUAGACAGAGAGUUGGGUCAAAAAUUCUUCCUGCACGUCGUUUCUGGUUUUGACGGAAGAGAAAGCAACUCUUUCAAUCAACCAGUGUGGCUGCUAAAGAGAACACAGAUUUAAGAUGAUUGCAAAGGAUCCAGGGGUGGACGGUAGAGUUUUUUUUCUCGCACACAGCAGAUUCUUAUGAUCAGGAAUGUAUUGCCUGAAAGGCAUCGUGAAAACAGAUUCAAUAGUAAUCUUUAUAAGGCAACUGGAUAAAUAAUUGAAAAAGUCAAAUUUAGAGGGCUGUGGUGAAGGAGCAGGGGGGCAGGGUAACGGGACGAAGCUUCCAACAACGCACUGCAAGUUCAAUGGACAGAGUGGUUUUCUGUGCUGUUUGAUACUGUGGCUGAAUUUCCCUCGUGAAAUUAUAAACGUUGGGUGAGAUAUGUGCAACUGAGUCCUUAAUCUGUUUUUACAAUACUUUCAUGUCCACUUGUCACGAGACGUAAUAAAAUGUUGAAGUUGUUUUUGCAUUCUGUUACAAUAGACAGAGAAGAGUAUACAGACACACAGAUCUUAACCAUGCAUCGCAGGUAAAGUGGGUGACAAUGAAAAAACAGAACCAAAACAGGCUCUCAACUUCUUAGCAUCACCAAACUCGGUAAAGGUCUAUGCCCCCGUGUGUUCACUGGCUGUAGAUGAUUCCUAGGUGUUUGAGUUUGUUUGGAAUGUAACUUUAUUUAUUUGCCUCAGAUCGUCCAAUCUGUGUGCUGUAUAUUUUUUUGUUGAUGGCUCAGGAACAUGCAAUGAAAAUUAAAACUCUCUUUGAACCUUAGGUUUUAUGGAUCUGCUAAUCUACUUGAAAUGUAACUUCAGGCACAGGAAGGAAUACUGUGUGCUGAUGAUCUUUGAACGUGGGAAUGGGAGAUGUCCCAGUCACUGAUCUGGGCCCAGAUGGAAGUUAUGUCCUCAGUUAAUAUGACCAAAAUGUCCUCAGCUAACAUGUACAAAAUGGAAACACAGAUUUUGUCCAAUGUAACUUUUCUGGACUAAUAAGUCAGAACCCUGUAAUUUGUUACUAAUCUUAAGAACAGUAUGCAAUUCAAACAGUCCAGGGGUAAAAAGCAGAUUGCUUGAUCAAGAGUGUACUGUCAUAGAACUUCUAAAUGUCUUCCCUAUCACCUUGGAUAUAUAGGGGUGACAUAGUGUGUUGAUCAUGUGAUAGCAUUUAGCAAAUCACACAAAUGAUCUUUUAUAAAGCUUCCUUUCUUGGGAAUAGCAACCUGUUUUCGGAGAUGUAGAAAUUGUAAAGAUCUGAAGGCUUUAACGUUAUUUACUCAAACCGUGUUACAGUUAAGCAAGUGCAUCCAAGCCACAGAUCAGAAAGUGUACAGAUUCAUGCAAAUGUUUCAGCUGUCAAACCAUUCAAGAAAUCGCCUCUGAAGAAGAUAUUUAAUCCCUAAUUCAUUUAUUUUUCAGUUAUGUUUUAUUUUUUACUGUCUAAAUGUUUUUUAUAAUUUGUAAAGAAAAGCAACUAUUAAUUUUAGUCUGAAUUGUGUUAUUUUCAAAUCUUUUGGAGUAGA